AGAAUCGAAAGUGAAAGCAGUCCGAGCACUGACGCCCUGUUGCCUGUCUGUGUCAGUCAGUUUGUCGUUGUCGAAGAGUUCGAAGAGGACGGCAACAUGGAGGAGAACGACGAGUGUCUACCGGUGACCGUGGAGGGGGAUUGGAGUCCGGCUCAGACUAAAACCGCCAAGAACAAACUGGAACUGUAUUUUAACAGCAAGAAGAAGUCCAGCGGAGGAGACUGUCGGGUUGAGGUGGAGGACGAAGCCCCGAGAGCAGCCGUGUAUUUCCGAGCGAAGGAGGGUAAGUUUGCGUUGACUGUUAAAACACGAAACACGGACUUAAUCCUGAGUACGGGAAGAAAAUAUGACCUUAUUCAAGUUCCAAACUUUUAAACAGAGUUUAAAUACACUUAUAGAAUAAAACUAACGAGCCACUCCACUUGCUGAAACACUGAAAUCUCUCAGAUCCAAAUCUUUAAAAAAGGCUCAAAUAUGUCGUCCUAACUGACUUAUUUAAAGUCUGGUAUUGAAACUUUUGGCUGUUUAGUAAUCCAUUUUUACCCAACUCUGAUCGGCCUAAAUACAAGGUUAAUAAACAGAUCUCAUCACCUGACUUUGUGACGGGCACGGCAGUUCUUCAAGAUGUACCGAAUCACAGGAAUCAGUUCACUAAAAAGAUUCGUUCAAAAGAUUCGUUCACCAAAACACCAAAUCAUUCGGUGCUUGGUCAGAGGAGCCUGCAACUCCAACUUACUGAACUGAUACACAGCUGAACAGUUAUGGUUUCAGUUCAGUUCACAGUUUUCGGGACCAAGAGACAAUAGUGUUGCUUUGUCAAACACGUUUGUAAAAAAUUAACUUUUUUAUAAGUCAUGAUGUUUUAAGUGUACUGUCCUGUGGUUUGCUAUUAAGCUGGUCUAAUUGCCAAAUUGGGCUUAGUGAGUGAGUCGUUCACUGAACGUAUACCCCACAGUACAUUCAGUGAAGGAUUCACACUGAACAUGCACCUGACUGUUCCCUGGCAAAUUUCUGCAAUGAGAGGAUCAGACAGUCACGCAUUUUCUCAAACUGCGGGGUUUAUACACUAUUUAUUACAUGCUGUGUCCUACUGUAAGUGUGUUGUUGCAGUGGCAAUUAAGCUGAGUAAAAAAAAAAAAGUUAGUUUUCUCCAAGGUACACUUCAACACAACACACCCCUUUCUCCCUCUGUCCUCCUGCCUAGUGCCUGCUACAGGUGGUGAGUCUCACUCUCUUCUCAUCACUGCCAGCCUAACAUUUUAAGUUUGUUUAUCUGGUAACUAAAUCUGUUAAAACAAUGGGAAACAACAGUCCCCAUGAAAGUGUAUCCCUCAGAGGAAAAUAAUUCAGGAGUGAUAAAUGCGUCGGCGAUGCAGCGCACGGUCCCUCCCUUCUUGCAGCGGCUUGCUGGCUGCCUGCCCGGCAAUGCUGCGUGAGCUGAACUGUUGACAGCUCAACUGAACUGAGAAACGAACGAAUCACUUGAAGUGAUUCAGUUAAGUACUUUUACUUCAAAGAUUUGUUCUUUUUAAACAAUUCGUUUGUGAACGGCACAACACUAACCUGACUUCCCAGCAUGCACUGCACCACUCCUUCACCCUUGCAAGAAAUCAGGAGACUGAGAAGUGAACCUCAUUGUGCUUUGAAAGCAAAUCCAUGGACCUGCAUUGUUUCCAUUGACCAGCAGGGGCGCCCCACUGGUUCCCAAAGAAAAUCUACUCGAAAAUCAGUGAAAAUCAAUCAAUCAGGCAAUCAAAUUUCAUUUAUAUAUUUCCAGUUCACAAAAGUUGUUAUCCCGAGACACUUUCCAAAGAAAAAGAGCAGGUCCAGACCACGCUCAUUGUUUGAUGAAUUAUCAAGACCCAACCUUAAGAUGGGACAGAUUUGACCCAUCUCAUCCAACAUGAGUAACAGUGGCAAGGAAAAACUUGCCACUGAAAAAGAGCAUGUAUCUCUCAGUCAAAUUAUCACCUCAGUGAAUAUUUUUUUUCUGAGGAGUUUAUAAUCCUAACAGCUGCUUUUAAAACCUCCUUUAAUGCAACAAUAAUACAGAGUCCACUUAAAGAUGCAUUAUGCAAAAUUUUACAGUGUUUCUUUAAAGACAUUUAAUGUGUUUCGCAAAAGUUUGUUUAAAUUAGUUUAUAUUGACAAGAAUAUCAUAGUCGUUUCAUUUCUGAUGACUUAGGGAAAAGCUUUUACAAUAUAGAGGCAGUGGGUCCUCACUGUGGAGGCUGCCAUGUUGCACAGCCAUGUUUUUCUAUGAUAGCUGAGAACGGACCAACUUGCAGAAACCCAAUGUGAUUUAUUUAUCACUGGGCAGCUGGUAGUGCUGCUUUCAGAGAUCCUGCAAGAUGUUUCGACUGAGGAAAGGUGGAGACACAGGUCUCAGCUUUUUGCUCAGUCUUUUCAGAGCCCUGCAACUAAUUACAAUGUGGAGCUGAGACAAAACAUUAGAGACACUUUAACCAGAUGCUCCACUGUCCUUAUUUUUGUCCAGACCAUGAAACAAAACUAGAACUUUACACCUCUUUAUUCUUUGAACUUGAGGACUUUAUUCUUGUCAGAAAAUGACCUAAAAUCUUGGUUUAUUCAAACAGAAUAAGGGAACUGUCGAUUAUAAUUGAACUGAUUGGUGUUUAUGUGAUUUCAGUGAAAGAGAGAGUCUGCGCCCGUCAAAACCACGAAAUCAUCCUGGAUGGUAAAACCGUGAAGUUACGCCUAAGCUCUGAGCCUGUAAGUCAAACUGAGUUUUUCAUCACCACCUUCUGCUUUUAAAUCAAUGUGUCAGACAUUAACUGUAAAUUGAGACCCAGAGGAGCUUUUCAGGCUGCUGUGAAAAUGAUCAGGGUGGGGCAGAAAAAGUCAGGAGAGGGAGGUGUCAUAAUUUUAAAAGUCUAUAAAAAGAGGUUAAACAUUUACACAGAGAGUAGCUUUAAAACGGCCAUAAAUACUGUUUCAGAGAUGACAACUCUGAAAUACAUGUGAGAUUCAGGGUUAGCUUUUGUUCAGAUACAGAAACAUGUUGAACAAAUUAUAUAAACAUGACAACAGUAAAACAAAUACUAAUAUUUAACCAAACAGUCCUGUGAGCAGGUUAGGUUUACAGUGUACAGUGUCCCUUAUCAAUACUCUUUAUUCCACAGAGCCAUCAGUAUUAUCUUAGUCUGUCCCAGAAACUCUUCACAGAAGUUUGACUGACCUGAUCAAGAGAGAAUCACUGAAACCAAAUUAAGAAAGAAAAUCUGACUUUAUGAAUUAAAUUUCAUAAUAAAAGCAUUAAAAUGAGUUUUAAUAUUUCUGGAUUAGGGUGAAAAUAAAAUCUGCCUUUAAGCAGACAGACAGAAGGACAGACAGGCAAAAGACCACUCGCCGAUGCUAAUACUCGGCAUUAGGGAUGUGCGAUAAAUUAUCGUUUACGGUAUAUCAUCAGAAAAAUUCUCCACAAGAAAUAUUUGCCAUAUCAUGAUAAAUAUGAUUAAUACAAGUUGAUGACGGAAGCACGAGCGCCGGACUCGCAGCCAUAGCCCACACAGAGCAGAAUAACAAACAAACAUGGCCGAAGGUAAUGAAGAAGACUUUCUGAGCAGCUUGUAGCUGAACGAGGCUCCAUGUGACGGGAUUUCCUUCAAGAUUUUGGUUUAGAUGAGUGCAAUCAGGAAGAGUUUUCAAUAAAUGUUGAAAAUGUUUUCACAUUUGAGACUUGUUUGAUGUCAUUAGUUUUUUCCAUAACCUACCACUUAAACUUGUGGUUAAGUAUCUUAUUUGACUACGCCAACUGGUGUUCUCAAAAUGAGUCAAAAAUAGAGAUUGGAAUUGUAAUGUUUUUUAUCAGGACUUUUAUCGUUGUCGCCAGAAUGGCAAAUCUUAUUCUGAUAAUUUUUUUUAGCCUAUAUCGCCCAUCCCUACUCGGCAUGUGCAUGCUCCGCAGUGCAGGGGCCAUGUGUGUCGCAUAGACUGAAGAGGUGGAGCCACCCAAAUCCUUGCUUAUCUUUCUGUAAAACAGAAAAGCCGUUAGUGGUUUUAACAUGAAACAGAUCUUAGACACUUUUAGAUCUUCUGUAAACAUUUCAUCAUGAGUGAAUUAACUUUUUUUCUUCUUUUUAGCGUUCGACCAACAGUGCUGAUGUUUCAGGUGAGAGCGUGUUCACAGAAAUCACUGCUUUUGUAUUUUUAGUCUACUCUCGGGUAAAACAUGUUGAUUAUUUUAGUUGUACUAAUGUAAUCAAUGAUUUUGGUGAUUCAAAUGAAUUUUUAUUCUUGUUGACAAGACUUGAAAUGACUGCUUAUGAACAUUUAUGUGAAACCUUUUUGGUGCUGUAUUUUGUUUCCCGUGCAGCAGGAUGAAAUAAGUUAGUCAAGUGAAGCUAAACUACGAAACUAUUCAACUUUGUAAUUCAACACAGUGUGGAUGAUGAAGCUCUGUGGUACAGAAAAUGGAGACAUAUCAGUCUGUGAUCUAGAAAGAUGAACUGUUGGUAGGUUAAUUCUGUGCCAAUUUGAUCCCUGACAGAGGAAAGACGGACUUACACCAGACUUUAUAACAAGUUUCAAGUAUAUUAUUCCCAUCAGCCACUUACACAAACAAUACCUACUUAAUUAAAGGUUUUAAUUUGUUUAAUACUUUCUUCUUUUUAAAGAAUCUAUUAAUUUUAACGUAUCAAACCUGUUUGUUUCCAUCCACAGAUUCAUCCAUCGAUUCAAAGACUCCAUCAACUGAUCAAGAGACUCCAAAGUCAGAAGUGGAGCCUGAAGCUGGAGCCUCUGCAAAGGAGACAGACGGUAUAAGCUUCCUGUUAGAAUGUAUAGAAAUGACAAAAGUUCUGUGCAAAUGUGCAGUUUUUAUGGUUCCUAUUCUAGUUUUCUAAUUCUACAAAAGUUGUCUGUUUUGUUGUUUUUAAAGAUCCACACUUGAAGCUUUUGGAAAUUAGACAGGAAGGAUCAGAUCUGUGAAAGUUUAAAACAGAUCAAGAAAUGAAGGAUGAUUGAAGGUGAAGACAGUUUGAUUUGUCCCCUCUCAGAUCCCAUUCAGAGCCUGUCUGUGGUUUUGGACAACGUUGUGGACGCCACACCCAGAGAUCUGCUGCAGAUGCUGGUGGAGAACGUCUCUGGAGUGGACGACAGUUUUUUUGACCUGGAGAUCAUCCUGGAGAGCAGCAAAGCCGUGGUCACCUUCAAGCGCCCUGCAGGUAGAAUCAAACAUGAUGUUAAUAAAGUGGACUACAGGACUGAAGUAAAAACCGACAAUGUGAGAGCAAAUGUUACAUCAGUAUAACACAAGUUUUUAAAGACUGUGAUUUUACUGAUGUUUACAUUGGACUUUAACAAUGGUGAUUGGUGAUACUGUACUGGCUGCUGUGUUACAUAUCAUGUGAAAAGAUUGUAUUAGUGACUCUGAUGAUGAUUCAAAGUUAAGGACAUAGAAAGAAAGAGGAUGGAGAAGGAGGGAAAGGAGCUCAGUGUGUAAGAACUGUGGCACAAAAAGGCCUGAUUACUACCAAGAGUAAAGCCAAAAAGCAAAGAUAAAAUAGUAGAUUGAACAGAUCCUGAAACAGUUACCUGUACAUUGGCCUCUUUAUUCAUUAAAUUGGUGGUUCUGUCAUCUGCUGAGCCCCAAAGAGUAACACAGAGUGUUUUUCAGAUGCGGAGAAGUUCCUUACUGUGAGUCAGUCCAACCAGAAGCUGCAGAAAUACAAACUGACCGCCUGGCAGCUGGAGGCAGCGAAGAGUAUCCGAGUGGAGAAUCUUUCUCCUCGUGUGGUUGAAGGUAAAAACUGUCCCAUUGCUGUUCAGCUCAAGCUACUGUGUUUGAGGAUUGCAGUCUUGACACCUUUUUUUUAGAAAGAUUACUUGUGCUUCACGCUGUUGGGAUCUUUAUUUCUGAAAUUUUUUCAGGCAUGCUGGACAUGUACUUUGAGAAAAACUGGGUCCAGCCUGAAAGCAUUGAUGUGAUCCCAGAAGAAGAGGCCGCCAUCGUCACUUUCAGGGACCCCAAAGGUUCUCAGCUCAACCCUACUGCUUUCUUACUGUGCCAUGUUUGAGUUCAUGCUUUAAACAAAUGUUAAACAAGUGCAGUGACACCAAACUAAAAAAUAACUGCAAGGACAGACAUGCAACUAUACAACCAUGAGAUAGCCCAACCUUUGACCCAGAAUACCAGUCCCCAAUAGAAAUUCACGACUACUUCAUUGUCUCAUUGUUUGAAACAACUACUAACCCUGGCUCUCUGUUUUUUUCCCCAACAUAGUUGUAGAAAGCAUUUGCAUCAAACAUGACCAUUCAAUCGGCUCAACUCCUGUCAAGGUGUAUCCGUACUUCAAGUCCUUGGGCACCGCCUUGUAUGGAAAAGAACGACCUGCGUGGAAGAUGCCUGAGGCCUUCACAGAGAGUGUUCUGAGUGUUGUCUGGAAAUUCCUGGAGAUGAAGAAACUGUUUGACACCAUAAACAAGCAGAUGCGUCUGUACCACUGCAGUGUAAACAUGGACAGACCCGAAGCAAAGCUAAGUCCUGUUCCAAAUUAUCUGAGGCAGAAAGGUCUCACUGCCCAACAAGUAGAUACGUGGCAGAGCACGGCCCGAGACGCCUUCCGUCGAUUACUGUCUCAGUACGUAGCGUUUGAGUGUCCUGCAAGCAGACCUGCCUGGAAAGCUGCAGAGAAAGAAGUCCGGUCUGUUGUCAGGGAAGAUGCUGUCCUGAUUCUGGAUGAAUCCAGGGGGGUUUUGACUGUGGCUGCUCACGCUGACAAUAUGAAAAGAAUCAGGGCUCCUGUGGAGAACAUCAUACUUGAAGCCAUGGACCAAAUUGAACGACAAACAAAUGGUAUUUCAGAGUCACUCAAUCUGCCCCCUGCAUUGUACAACAUCCUGCAACAGGAUGGACUGCAGAAGGCUGCUGGGGACAUCUCCCCUGAUAUGAAGCUCUCCUACAAUAAAAAUACCCAGAAGCUAAGCAUUGAAGGGCUGGUUGCAGAGGUUAACAAGAUGAAGUCAUGGAUCUUGGAGAGGAAUAUGAGUAUGAGUAAAAAACAGAUUGACAUCCUCCCAAGUCUUGUAGAGUUUCUCAAGACCGUAGAUCCUAUGACCAUGUCUCAGCAUCUGUUCACAUCUCAAGGCAUCAGUGCUAUCUUCCGUGUUGACAACAAGGAGGUUUUCCUGCAGGGGAUCUCUGACAGUGCCCUUGCUAGGGCAGAAAAUAAGAUAAAGGAGGUUUUAUCUACCGAAACUCUAGAUGUGGAAGAUCAAGAAGUUCUAAAACUUCCCGGCUUGACUCCCUUGAAACAACAGCUUUUGGAGAGCUUCAACUCCUCAAAAGGGAACACAGUGUCAAUCCAGAUCCACCCAGGCAGAAGAGACAAAGUGGUGGUCGCUGGCUUCACAACUCCAGUGAAAGAGGUCAGCUGUAGUCUGAUGCAAUUCAUUUCAAACUACUCGCAAAUCCAAGACAGCGUCCCUUUGAAGUCCUGUGCUGUUGUUCAGUUCAUUGAAAAGAGGAAAUCUCAAGAAUGUAUCAGUAUUGUCAAAGACCAUGAGGUAGACGUGAAUUUUGAUUUGCUGAGGAAACGAAUCCGCAUCACUGGAGCCCGUCUUCAUGUCCAAAACGCCAAAUCCUGUUUCAGAGAAAUAGCCGAGUCUCUCUUCAUUGACAACUUCAGUGUGAACAAACCUGGAGCAAAGAAGUACUUCCAGUCCCAGGGGAGCUUGUUUCUGUCCAACAUAAUGGCAGAGUUUUGCUGUGUGGUGAUUCUUCGCCCAGAGAAUGAUGAGGAAGAGGAGGAGGAGGAGGAGGAGGAGAACUAUGAGGAAGAAGGUGGCGUCAGUUAUUGCAAGGUAAAGACAGCCAGUGGAGUCCUGGUGUCUGUGAGCAAGGCAAACAUCUGUAGUUUUGGCGUUGAUGCAGUGGUCAACGCAGCCAAUGAGGACUUGCAGCACAUUGGCGGUUUGGCUCUGGCGUUGCUAAAUGCUGCAGGACCAGAGCUGCAGAAAAUUAGUGAUGACUAUGUUUCUAAAUUCGGAAAGCUCCGCCCCGGUGAAGCCAUUGUAACAGGAGGAUGUAACCUACCGUGCAAGUAUAUUGUGCAUGCAGUUGGUCCCCGGUUCUCUGAAUUUGACAGGCAGACGGCAGUGUUACGUCUGAAGCGUGCGGUUCAAAAGAGUCUGAAGGAGGCAGUGAAAGUCAACUGCUCCACCAUUGCUCUGCCGGCCAUUAGCUCAGGUGUGUUUGGCUUUCCUGUUGACCUCUGUGCUGAGACCAUAGCUCAGGCACUGCGGGAAUACUGUGACAAUCCAGGAGGUUCUGGAUCCCUGACUGAGAUUCACCUUGUGGACAACAAUGAUAACACUGUGAGAGUCCUGGCCAGAGCCGUCGAUAGAGAGUUCAGUGACCUCAAUCCCACAAUGACAAUGCCAUCGCAGACAGGACCCUCGAGACCUCAAGCUUCAGGGUAAAGAUAAAAAAACUCUUUUAUUACUCUCACUGUUUUGAGGAGUUGGAUUCUUAUGUGUUUGAGAGUUGUUGUUGACUUUCCAGCAGAUAUCAGCGGGGUCGAGGUAGAGGUGGAAACAAAGGAAAUUCACCAAGGGGGCGACACUCAAGUGAAAGAGGAAGAGGAGGACAAUAUGGAGGAGGACGAGGAGCUGGAGGACACUCCAGGGGAGGACGAGGAGCUGACAGAGGAGCUCAGAGCCUCAGAGGACACAUGAGACAUGGAGGGCAUGAAGGGUAACAUCCUUCUUCAUCUUUGUUUUUUUGUUCUUUCUUCGUUCUUUCUUUUCUCUCAGCAGUUUUCUUGGCUUUUCUGAGAUCCCUCUACAAUCUCACAACAACAGAAACAAACACUUCAAGUCUUAAAAGUGACCAAUCCCACGGUGAUGAUUCUUACUUUGAAUAUCUGCAGGUCAGGGAAGCUGGAGCAGACCACGGCUGAGGGUCUGAAGAUUGUUCUUUGGAAGGGAAACAUUCAGGACCAGACUGUGAGUACUGACUCAGUGAUGAGUUUAAAGACGUGGAUUUAAGACCCUGAUCUGGUAUGGGUUGGGUAGUUCAGAUGAAAAUAUUUACUCCAUGGCAGAAGAUCAACCUUAGGCCAUAGUAGUCUGGUUUCUGGAAAAAUUGUUGUGGAUAACCUUGUUGCCAUUUCCUCAAGCAUUCAAGUGCAACUAAUUAAGGUGCUGUUGCAAGGCAGCAGUGUCACAAAAGCCAGCAGUGUGUGAGCCACCACUAAAGUGGAAGGAAACUGAACAAAAGUUUACUACAGCACUUGCUUAACAGGUGACAAUGGGCUUCAGACCAGUGGUUUAGCAUCCCCUGGGACCUUAAAGUCUAGAAAACUUCUGGAAAUUGUCAGGACUUCAUAUAAAGACGAGAGCUAUUGAUAGUACACCGCCCGCCUGUCUUAUGAGACAGUCAGUAAAUAUCACAAUCCUCUGAGGUCAUUCACUUUGAUUAGAUUUGCACAGACUUUUUCUCUUUUUCAUCAUUUUUGUGAAUGAUGAUGUGACUUUUCAUCUGCAGACAAACGUCAUUGUCAACACCAUCGCAGACAGCAUGAACCUGCAACAGGGAGUUGUUUCCAAUGCUAUUCUGAAGGUGGCUGGACCUGGUCUGCAGGGAGCUGUUAAGUCAGAAGCAGGCGUGGCCACGCUGCAGUUCGGCGAUGUGGUCAUCACUGACGGCUUCAAUCUCAUGUGUCGGAAGGUCUUUCAUGUAGUUUGCCCUGUCUGGGACAAUGGAGGUGGACAGGCAGAAGAGGUGAGGGAGUUUAAUCUAAGACCUGAAGUAUAAAAGACAGCUAACUGAAACCUAACUUUGAACAUCAUUAGAUCUGAACUCAUCGAGUCAGCUCAGCUGUGGAGCAGUAUUGUGCUGUUUUUACCAUAGUUAUCAGAAUACUAGUUUUCUAUGAUGGAGAGGUGAAACAGCCCUAGUCCCUAACAUGUCUGCUCUUGUUGAUUUUAUUAUGAUUCUUUUAGGUUUUUAUUUACAUUUUUUUAACAUUCUCUUUUAUAUGUCUUAUGUCUUACAUUUCUUAUGGCUGAUACUGGGACCUCAUUACUAGUUUUGUUCUUCUCUCUUGUAGACUGGAAUGACAAACAAAACUGCUUUGAAUCCUGUGAAUCCUUCAGUCCUUGUCUAUGCAGUCUUACAUGUGCAUCCUAUUUUUUUGUCCUAGAUGUUGAUCACCAUCAUUAGACAAUGUCUGGUAAACGCAGAGAAUCUCAAGAUGGCGUCACUCUCCUUCCCAGCCAUCGGUACAGGAAACCUGGGCUUCCCCAGAGACGUGGUGUCCAGAGUCCUGCUGAGCGAAAUCCACAGCUUCAGUGGCAGAAAAACUCCUCACUAUCUCAAAGAAGUGACUAUUGUCGUUCAUCCAAGUGACAGCCAAACUGUGGAUGUGAGUUUUCAUGUGGGUCAGAUUAGCAGGGCAUGUCUUAUCAUGAUGUGGAGGUGACACCUGUGCUGUUUCCUCAGGUUCAUUGACCAUUUACCAAAAAUAAUGGCUAUAUAAUCUCUUCCAUUAGUUAUAGUAGUUGUUUGUGGUCUGAGUCACCAGUCAGGUUACAGCAGAAUUAACUACCAGUACAAAGAGCAAAGCAGGCAUAACACAGUCCACCUUAAUGACAGAAUUGGCUCCCAUCUGACAGAUAUCUGUAUGUGAGUGCAGCUACCAACCUGUUCUAGAUUGAGGCUUUUGACUUUAGUGGCAAAUUUCCUCAACAUCGUCUAGAAAGUCGUUCAAUGCAGAUUUGUGACUUCCUUCCUUGUGUCAGCGUAACUGCUUAAAAACUGCUGUCUGCUGAUUCUAAGGUCAGUUGACCUGAUUCUGGUUAUUCUGCCACUCUUCUGUCUGGCAGCGUUUCACCCGGGAUUUCAAAGGUCAGACUUCUCAGAGGAGCUUCCAGCCUGAAUCCUGGGAAUUUGUGGAUUCGGCAUCUGUGCAAUCACCCCCCCAGCCACAGCAGAGGUCAGGUAAGAGGACUCGAGAGUGUUGGUUUUUAACUUUUAAAUCCUAGUGGACUUUACUAACCCAGCAGUGAUUUUGAGCCCAUGUAGUGCUUUCCACUACAGAGUCCAGUCUGUUUUUAAUGCACUGCUGCUUCUAGUAAUAGUUUGUACAGAGAUGUCUCCAGAUCUUCUGAAUCUUUUAGCUGUAUUAUAUGGAUGAUGAAAUCCUUAGAUUUGGUGUCCUUGUGUGUCUUAGCCUUCUUUGGCCAGGUGUCAUCCACAUCCCUUGGUGUGUAUCAGAUGCAGAUGGGGACGAUCACUCUGGAGGUGUCGUCUGGAGACAUCACCAAGGAAAGAUGUGAUGCCAUCAUCAACUCCUCCAAUCACAACUUUAACCUUCAGUCAGGUGACUACUCUGGUCCUUGUCACCUUUUCUCUGUCCAGGUGUAAAUAAGUCUCAGUAAAUCGAUUAGUUAACAUCACAUAUACUUACUUUACUGCUAUACUGAAAUGUUUACACCUCUAUUCUGUGGAUAAAUCUUAUGAUGGGGCUCAGCGUUUCUCACAGGAUGGGAAUCUAUCUGUGGUGGUGGUGAUGUGUGAUUUGGGGGGAGGGGGGGGGGGUUGUUAAUUGAUCAGCUGUGUGAUCGCAGCUUGCUAAUGCUAAUAUUUGGCACAUGGGCCCUGUGGAACAGCGCCUGUGUGCACCAUAUAUCCUAAUACAUACUGAGUCUGAGGUAGUGCCACAUAAAAAAAACCCUCAUUUUAAGGUGUGGCAGACUUUAUUUUGCUAUACCAUGUGCACCAUGAUCAAUUGCAUGUGGGGGAAACCCUAAGGCUUUCAAGACCCACUCCGAUGAAAAUCAUGUUUUUCUUGUUGUCUACAUGUUCAUAUGGCAUUUUUCUGAUGCGACAAGACAUAUCAUGAGAAAAAUAAGAUCAAAAUUGCAUUUCUGAGUAUUUCUUCAUUCAAAUCACUGUAAACUUCUAGCAGACCCAAACGGCAGGUUCAGACACAGUGAGAUUUCCUCCUACAUCACAAUUUUAAGAAGUAGAGAGGACGAUCGCAGAAUAAGUGUGUUAGCGGAUUGCAAUGCUCGUAAGAAAGCUAACUAUGAUCUUAACUAUCAUCGUGUCCCCAAAGACAUUAGUGUCUGAGAGCUGAAUAGCUCCUAUGUUACCUGCCACUUCUACUACACCGACAAUGUUAGGCUACAAACUAACGUGAAGACGAGUGUGAAGAGGAGUGGGCGGAGCAGCGCUGUCUCCACCCACGACUCAGAGGUGAAUUGCUAAUGAGCUACUGGAGCUCUGCAGAAGAAAAGGCCUUGCUAAAAACUUCAUAAUCACAAUUUAAAGACCACCGAUAACACUUUAAAUAAUAAAAAAAUACGAUCAGAGUGGGACUUUAAGGCUGAUCUGAAUAGAGGAUGAACAGAUAUAAACUGACACCAGUACCACUUUAGAGGGUGAAGCUACAGCAACAUUUUUAUCUCAGGCCUAUUUCAACUUUAUUUUUUGAACUGUUGUUUUCUUAUAUGAAAUCUCAGGAGUGUCCAAGGCCAUCUUAGACAGUGCUGGAAUGGGAGUUCAGAUGGAGUGCACACAGAUUGGUACGUAGCUAGAGUUAAACCACCAUUUAUCAACACUCACUAUGAUCUUUGCCUCACCUUCACACAGUUCAAAUCUACAUCACUACAGUAUGUGAGUUCUUUGGUUCCUGCUUGCAGUACAAUCUCCUGGAUACCAGUCUCGUCCAUGGAUCCUGACCUCGGCCGGGCAUCUGCCCAGCAGGAACAUUAUCCAUGUUGUGGGACAAAACGACCCCAUGAAGAUCAAGGAAAUAGUGUACUCGGUGCUGAAGGUGUGUGAGGAGAACAGGUUCCGGUCUGUCGCCUUCCCGGCUCUUGGAACAGGUCUGUACAAACACAGAGGUGUUUCCAUCAUCCAUUAGCACUCUGUGGCACUUUUUCUCCAGAAGAUACUGAACUGCUUCUCUCUGACAUUCCCAUCCUCAUCUUUUGGAUUUUCUUUUUUAAAAUUAGUCAUUCCUGACGUUUUAUUCGUUUCCCAUGCAGCCAUGUUGUUUGAACUGAUGGUCAGAUUUUGAUUCGGAGUUUUCUAUUCAGACACCUUAGUGUGUUACAGCCACAGACUGUAUUUAGUCAAAUUUCACCUCUCACCUCAUAGUGUCACAGACUGUUCAGAUUCUUUUAUAUCCUUGCACCAUCAUCAUCAUCAUCUUCACCAUCAUCAUCCAAACUGGCACUUUGUCUGCCUGUUAGGUGUGGGAGGGGCCAGCCCUUCCUUGGUGGCUGACGCCAUGGUGGAGGCAGUGGUGGACUUUGUGAGGAAGAAGCACCCCAAGUCUGUCCGCAGCGUUAAGAUCCUGAUCUUUCAGACGUCCAUGGUGAUGGAGUUUCACAAGAGCAUGAAGAAGAGAGAGGGCGAGGAGCUGGAGGAGAAGAGCAUCUUCACCAAGCUCAAAGGUCAUUUUAACAGCCUGAUGAAACAAGAUUUGCUAAAACUCAUUAUUGCACUUCAGGUGAUGAAGUUAGCGCUUCAUCUUUAACAGUCAGAUGUACUUUGUGAAAAAAACUGGUCUUAUCAGGAGGUAGCUGUUUUUAAUCAUGCCUUCCUUUCUCUGCAAACGAUUCCUUUCAUUUCUGACUUGAAUAAUUACUUAAUUUUGAUGUAGUUUUCAUGUUUGUGAUUAUUUAUGUGCCUCGUACUAAACAUCAUGAUAAAUUACUGACUCCAGAAUAAAGGUUGGAUGAAAUUCACUAACUACUGAAAAACAACCCUGUGUGUGUUCAGAUGCUGUUUCAGGCACCUUCAGCUCAUUAUUCUCGGGACAUUCCGAGGGGUCCAGUCGUAAUAACUUGGUCCUGGAGACAGAGGACUUUGGGCUGACAGAGUUCCAGCUCUGCGCUGACAACGAAAUGGUGAACAGGAAACUCUUGACUUCUGUUUUAGAUUUUCUUUUUCCCUACUCAUACUUUUUUUAAAAAAAAUAUCCAAAACCAAAGAUCACAGAGAAAUGUUUUGUUAUUGGUAUCAUGAAAUAACUAAGCUCCUGGUUAAACUCUUGAAAGUGAAGAUAACACUCAGUGAACACUCAGGAGGAAUUAAUAUAAAUAUUACAAGUGAUAACCAAAGUCCGCGAUGCUACGCCUCUGCAGAGUCUGAACCUGGCCAAGAAGAGGAUUGAGGAGCUGAUCGUGGCAGAGCAGGCAAAGAAAACCAUCUCAGACUUCUAUAUCUGUAAGCUGUCUCAGGAGGAUUUAAACCAGCUGAGGGAGCUGCAGCGGAACCUGACAGUCAGUAUCCGCCUUGAGAGAGGACAGGAGGACGAGGAGUCCAAAAUUCACCUGGAGGGUCUCACCAGAGACGUCUAUGCAGCCGAGUCUUCAGUCAGGUCAGCAGAUUCUUCUCCACGCCUUAAAGAGAAUUAAUAUUUUGACGUUUAUAUUUUGUUUCUUUACAUGUCUCUGAUUGUGUCUUCAGGGAUAUCAUACGUCGAGUGGAGAGAGAAGAGGCCUUGAAGAGCAGAGCCCUGCUGGUGAGCUCACUGGUAGAGUGGCAGUUUCAGCAUCCCAAUGGGUCGAUGGUGACCUUUGACAUUUUGACCAAUCUCAAACUGGAGGAGGCUCUGGAGAAAAAGGAAAAUGUGAAGAUCAAGAUCAACAACCAAACCUACAGUGCUGAGCCCAAGUUUAAAAAAGCAGUUUCUUCAACUGGGAAAAUGGUGGAGCUUCUCAGAAAAGACCUGAAAGGUGAGGUCCAGGGUUUCCAGGAUAUUUCCACAAUGUCAAAAAAGAGACCAAUGUUACAUUUGUGAUGAAAUGUGUUCUGUCAGAGUCCAAGAUGUUUAAUCUGAGGCUGUAUUCUGCUUUUCUGUAUUUUGAAAACAAACAUGAAGAUCAAGUGUUUGACAUCUGUUUACCUGAGCAAGGUUUCAGGUUAAAGGUUCAUGUGUGUUGAUGUGAUCCCCAAAUGGGACUACAGGGGGCUCUGAAUGUUUUGUUCAUAAAGUCACACGAGAAUUCAGAGAUUUGCUCAAAUAGUGACAUUAGCAGACAGUAAAUUUCCUUAAAAGGGCAAAUUUGUCAUGGCAACAGUGAAGGAGGCUUCCAGAAUGCUUAAAGGGACAGUGGCCUAAAUCCAGACAGAGGCCCCUUUAAGACAAAUGGAAGAGGAGAAACAAACCAGUUUGACAUUUUAAACUUGUCUGAGGUAUUGCAGAAACUCAGGACGACUUUAAAGAAAUGAAUAACCUUCAAACUGUCAAACCAACAGAAGUUCGUCCACCAACAGGCGAAAAACAGAGAAACAUAGUUUGUGUAAUACCAUCAACAAGAAGAGCCGAGAGGGUGUCUGAGGUGAAACAUCUUCAGGACCUUCAGCCAAGUCCAUCGGCCUUAUAAGUCCCGUAUUUGAAAAAGAUCUUUGGUCAACCUCAAAUACUUGUGUUUUCUUUGCAGCUGGCGCUCCGCUGCCACAACACUGGGACGACAUGAAAGGUGACCUCCUGAAGCUGAUCCCUCUGACUGCAGGGAGCCAAGAGUACAAUGAGGUGGAGACAGAACUGACCAAGACUGGCCUCACUCCCAACAUCCUCUCAGUACGUUGACUGUCUGACUAAAAGUGAGAGUUCUGUCCAAAGCUUUGUCAAAAUUUGACACAUCUGUUUUUAUCUAAUUGUUUACAGAUUGACCGAGUCCAAAAUCCAACACUGUGGCAAAGCUACCAAAUAAAAAAAGCACAACUGGAGAAGAAGAACGGUCACAAAAACAAUGAGAAAUGCCUUUACCACGGCACCCCUGCAGACUCCAUCGAUAAAAUCAACACUCAUGGCUUCAACCGCAGCUAUGCAGGAAAACACGGUAAAAAAAAAACCUGACAUCUGACCCGUCGUCUGAGUAACAAAAUGAACAGCUCUCCCAGAGUGAAACCAGAGAGCUCCCCCUGGUGACUGGCUGCUAAAAAAAUCAUUUGAUGGUAUUUUCAAGUUUAAGUUGGGUACUAUCUCUUAACAUGGAGGAAUCCAGUUUUUUAACCUAUACUGCAGCCAGCCAGUAGGUAAUGCUCCAAGUGUUUGGCUUCACUUUUGAGGAGCUGAUAUGUGGUCCAGGCCUACAUGCAGACUACGUUAUGAAUGAGACCUGAUUCUCAGUGUCUUUUUGUUUGCAGGUGCAAUGUACGGUAAUGGCGCUUACUUUGCUGUGGAUCCAUGCUACUCAGCACAAGGCUACGCCAGACCUGACUCUAAAGGGCACAAGCGCAUGUACCAGGCCAGAGUCUUGGUUGGAGACUACGCCCCGGGUAGAAAUGGUCUGCUUGCCCCACCAAGCAAGCCUUCUGGGAGUUCCUCAGACCUGUAUGACAGCGUGACUGACCAUAAUGUCCCUCCAACCAUAUUUGUUGUGUUUAAUGACAUACUCGCAUACCCAGAAUAUCUGAUCACAUUUACAUGAACCGCUGUGAUACUCAACUGAACACCCAAUUGAAACUGAAUCUGUUUUGAUGUGUUCCAGUUUCUAGUAGUGCUAAAACCAGCAGUUAUCAACAUGCUUAUCCAAAAAUUAGUCUUUGGAGCCCUUAAUCCCAAGGAGUCAUCUUCAAACGGGGGGACUGCACCGCUACAGAAACCUUGCAGUUUGCAUAUUCUUCUUGUGUGUUGUUUACUUUGCUUGUUCAUAAAUCCACCCAAAGAUAAAGUCUAUGUUAAGUAUCUGUUAUCUUUCCUAGUACUGUAAUUGAGCAGUGACACACCUUUCAUACCUGUAUACCCUCUGAUGGGGUUUCUACUGAUCUUUGCUGGAUAACCAGAGCUAAACCAUAUCUGCCACUGUUUGAUUCUGAGGCUUUACAAAGAUAACUGGUACAAAACACUUAAAUAAAAAAAGCUUUCUGUCAGUUCAUUUAUAUAUACAGCAAUUUAUAUAAAAACAAAAAAUUGUAAAGAAACUUUUCUAUUGUUUGUAUAGCUCUAUAAACUCAUGUCUUUAACUCUUUAAACCAUAAAAUCCAGUUUUAAUGAGAGAGGUCUGAGCAUAUUGUUAAUCGAGUCAAUUUUUAUCUAAGCUGCCUGGUUGAAAUUGAUCUAAAAUGAAACAACUUCCACUUUUCUACAUUACAGGAGAGUAAAAAUGAGGCUAUGCUUACUCUUGAGGAACUGGAAUAGUUAAAUUUUGAGCCCCUGUCUUUAAACUUUAUUGAUCUAUAGGGUUAUUAGUAUGCUUCUGGCUUAAGACUGUUAAAUGAUCUAUGCACUGUUAAAAUUUACAUCAUGCGUUGUGUUCCUUAAUAGCUCAUAAUUUUGUUUUCAGUCACUCCUGAUCCAAUAAACACUCUUACCAUGUCAGUAGAAAAAUGAAGCUUGAAUAAAUGUUCGAUGAAUAAAUCGAUGGACUUUGGACACUGAAUUACUGCACACCCAACAACACACCUUUGCCCUUUCAUUUGAUUUCAGUCUGAUCAGAGUUCAUUUUGUCACCUCAGAAGUUUGAAUGUCCUAAAAAAGAUAAAAUUUUCCCCAUGAUUUAAUUAAAAUGAUUUAAUUUAAAAAAUAAAAGAGUCGAGAUUCAUCACAAAGUGAAACAUUUCAAGACUUUUGCUAUUAAAUCCUGAUGGUUACAGAGUACAGCUCAUGAAAACAGAUCCACAAUAGGAUAUUGUGUAAAAGUCCUGUUUCUUGUCAGUUCUUUCAGUCCUGAUUGGUCCAGCUCUGAUCAGCUGAUUCACUCUAAACACCUGUAAGGGUUUCCUGAGCCUUUAAUAUCUUACUGUGGUUCAACACACAUAACCACAGUCAUGAGAUGGUCCUCAAUGGGUGAGGUCAGGAGGUCACUGCUGGAAAGUCUGGAUGAAGCAGGAAGUUGAACAAAGGGAAAAGUGAGGGAGGAAAAGGAGACCAAGAAACAGGGAUGAAAGCAGCCUGGAGAGGACUGACAAACAAGGAAGAUUCAAGAACUUAGAGGUGCUCCAUAAGGACUGGACUGAGGCUAGAGUCAGAAUAUCAAGAGCAUAGACUGUAUAUAGUAUGGACAACUUGAUUCCACCUUCCAUCAUUAUACAAAUUUCCAUGAUUUUCUCCACUUCCUGGAACCACUACUUGCGCAGCAGCGUUGUACGCAUUCAGCGGGAGAGUCGCUGUGAUGACGCUUGGCUCAAACAGCGUAUCCCCCAGGUGAGCUACGCAAUCUUCGUACGCCCAUAGGCUGUAUCAGGUGUCAAUCAUAGAAAAUAUGAACCCCCUUAUAACUUUUAAAAAUGGAGCUGUACAGAAAAAAAGAGGACUUGAGCACAAACCAGUCUUACAAUAACUACAUGUCAACAUCACAAGCAGGGGGGAGAAAAAUUUAUGUUCUGUGUAAUAAAUUUCUAAAGUUUGUCCACAGCUUCAUAGGGAUAGCUGGAGGAGGCGGGAUUUAUGACCUAUACUGCAGCCCAUCACCAGAGGGUGCUGUUCUCAUGGUGCCUUCACCCAGCGAGGAGGCAGACUGCGUCCACUCUAUAUGCAGUCUAUGAUCUAGAGCCUCUACACACAGAUGAGUCCAGGAAAAGGACUACAAGUGUUCCUGCUGUCAAGACCCUCCUGAACCAGAGAUGUGCUUCAUCUGCUGAGAAGCUUUAUGGAAAAACAGAUUUCCUUUUCCAGCAGGACCUGGACCCUGACUACAGUGCCAAAACCACCAGAAACUGAUUUGCUGGUCAUGGCAUUACUGGACCUGACUGAACUGAACCCCGAAGAGGAUCAAGAGAAAGAUGAGACAUCAGAGCAACAGUACAGAUGAGCUUAUGGACAGUAAUCCAUUCUUUUAUUACUUCUCGCCUGGAUUACUGCGAUUCCCUUUACUUCAGAAUUGAUCAGGCUGAGCGUAACCGCCUGCAGCUCGUGCAGAACGCGGCAGCUUGCCUCCUUUCUGGCACCAAGAAGCGUGAGCACAUAACUCCAGUGCUCUCUUCUCUACACUGGCUUCCAGUUAGGUACAGGAUCGUUUUUAAGAUUCUUUUGUUUUUAAUCUCUGAAUGGGCUGGCCCCAGAGUACUUGGCUGACCUUGUUAAUCUACACCAGCCCUCCAGAGCCCUUAGGUCUGCUGACCGAGUCGUCUUAGACGUGCCUCUUUCGUUUUUUAGAAUCCAGAGGGGAGUGAGCGUUUGCGGUUGCAGCUCCUACUUUGUGGAAUGCACUACCCCUAAGUGUGUGUACUGCAAAUAGUCUCUCUACUUUUAAAACCCAACUGAAAACGCACUUGUUCACCUUAGCUUUUGAUGGAGUAUGAUACUUGUAUUGGUUAUAUAUUUGUUUUUGUUUACAUUUAUAUGUUACAUGUCUUUUGUUUUUGCUGUUUGCUGUGUAUGACUUGCUUUUAUUGCUGCUGCUUCAUUAUUGUAAAGCACUUUGGUAGGCCACUGGCUGUUUAAAUGUGCUAUGCAAAUAAACUUGACAUUGAC